AAUUGCACAUAAAUUCACACCAAAUGUUGGCGCAAUUAUUAGAAAUUUUAGUUGGCUUCAUGGGUUUUCUCUCCAGGCAAAGGAAUCAAGCAGCUAGGAUGCAUUACGGUUGCUCACAGAGUAUAGUUCAUCCACGAGAAGAAGCUCUCAUCCAUUUUUGAGGGCAUUAUCGAAAAUUAAUCAGAAUCGAUUGCAUACCACUUAAAAAGAAAGUUCGAUGAAGCAGGUUUGCAGGGACACAUCCACAGGAAAAAGAUAAUAGGGGAAGUUUCCAGCAGAUCUAAAAUCUCACUGGCUUAUAUUAUUGGCUUCACGGGAGAAAUUCCAAGAUGGGAUUCCUUGCCUUGUUCAUUGUGGCACUGAUUCCUGUCCUGAAAACACUUAUUGUCACUGCUGUUGGUUUAUUCCUUGCCUUAGAGAAGGUGGACAUCCUGGGUGACACUGCAAGGCAUCAUCUGAACAAUCUCGUGUUUUUCGUCUUCACUCCUGCUCUAGUUUCAAGCAGCCUGGCAGAAACAAUAACAAUGAGCAGCCUAAUUAAGUUAUGGUUCAUGCCGGUGAACAUUCUUCUCACCUUUAUUAUUGGUUCGGCGUUGGGUUGGGUGCUUGUUAAAGUCUUAAGAACUCCUCAACAUCUACAUGGCCUAGUUAUUGGUUGCUGUGCAGCAGGGAACUUGGGGAACUUGCUUCUCAUUAUCAUUCCAGCUGUUUGUGAGGAAAGUAACAGCCCAUUUGGAGAUUCAUCAACAUGUUCUACUAAUGGAGAAGCUUAUGCAUCCCUCUCUAUGGCGAUAGGGGCUGUAUUCAUCUGGACGUAUGUUUAUAACAUCGUACGGGCAUAUGGGAUUCGAAGUACAGGUUCCACAAUUAACAGAACAAAUUCUGCCAACGGUGGAGAGAUAGUGACAGAAAGCAGCUUGGAAGAAUCAUUGUUAUCAAAGGAUAUUGAGACUGAUCAUUCUCAUGAUACACCACAGCCCAUUGAGAGUAUUGAAAAUUAUGAGAAGGUACCGAUGCGAAAGAAAAUUAAGCAGCAGCUGAAAAUUUUGGCAGAAAGGAUGAACCUAAAAAUGAUGUUUGCACCGUCCACCAUUGCCACGAUAGUUGGGCUUGCGAUUGGCGCCACCUCUCCCUUGCGAAAGCUACUUAUUGGUGACUCUGCUCCUCUUCGGGUCAUAGAUACCUCUACAUCCAUGUUAGGAGACGCAUCAAUACCGGCCAUGACAUUGAUAGUCGGAGCAAAUCUCCUCAAGGGUCUUCAAAGAUCUGAAGUCGGGUUGGGGAUCAUAAUAGGGGUCCAAGUGGUCCGUUAUAUCGCAAUGCCUCUCUUGGGCAUUCUUGUUGUUAAAGCUGCAGUUCAUUUUGGACUGGUGGGAUCGGAUUCAUUAUAUCAGUUUGUUCUUCUGCUGCAAUAUGCACUACCAACUGCAAUGAGCAUGGGUACCAUAACGCAAUUAUUUGAAGUUGGGGAAAGGGACUGUUCGGUUAUUAUGCUGUGGAAUUAUGCAGUGGCAGCACUGGCUCUUACUCUCUGGUCAACAUACUACUUGUGGUUUGUGUCUUGAAGUUCCUAAUCUUCAUUUUUUGUGUACGUGCCCCAUGCAAAUUAUUCCAAACAAAAUGGAAGCAAGAUUCAUACUACGUUUGUGGAAAGUCAUCCAACUUGUGCAAGAGGCCUUUUUUUUUUUUUUUCGUUUUUUUUUAUGGGUAAAUCCUUUUGGAUUGCUAAGAUUCUGAAGUUGAAAGUCUUGAUAUGUACAAACGAAACAGCAUACAGAUGUAUCUAUGCAUAUACAAAAUAUCUUAUAAAUUCAA